AUGGCGACAGCGACAUUGAAAGCUGAAGCUUUUGAUCAUGUUGAAUUAGACCCCAACCGGAGCGAGUCAUCGAAUGACGAGAUCACCUGGACCGAACGGGAAGAAACGACCAUCAGGAGAAAGAUUGACUGGCGAAUUGUGCCCCUGGUGACUCUCUUGUACCUGCUUUGCUUCCUCGACCGCGCCAACAUUGGAAAUGCUCGAAUUCAAGGAAUGGCAAAAGACCUUGAACUGGUCGGCUACCGGUUCAAUUGGGCUCUCAGCGUCUUCUACAUCAUCUACCUCCUGGUCGAAGUGCCUAGCAAUAUUCUUCUGAAGCAUAUUGGGCCCCGAUUCUACAUUCCGGCACUUGUGGCAGGCUUUGGCAUUGUAUCUCUGUGUACGGCCUUUGUCAAGAAUUUCGCCGAGCUUUGUGUCGCCCGGGCAUUUUUGGGCGUAUUUGAAGGAGGUACCAUGCCUGGAAUUGCAUUCUUUUUGAGCACCUUUUACAAACGACGGGAACUCUACUUCCGAAUUGGGAUUUUCAUCUCUGCCGCUUCAAUUGCAGGUGCCUUUGGCGGUCUGUUCGCGACAGCUCUAGCGCGCAUUCCCCGCUGGGGUACCGAUUCCACGCCCAUCCACACCUGGAGGAACAUUUUCUUUUUCGAAGGCUUGCUUACUACCCUUGUCGCUGCCGCGGCACCGAUUUUCAUGCCAUCGAACCCACAAACUUGCACAUUUCUCAGCGAACGAGAACGACAUAUUGCCCAUGAAAGAUUGGUUCGAGAGCACAGAGCUGAUCCGCAUGAACGAGUCCAAUGGCAUCACAUUAAGGCUGCGGUUCUGAAUGUGAAUAACAACCUCUGCGCUGCAGGCUUCUUUCUGAUCAACAUCACCGUGCAAGGUCUCUCUAUCUUCAUGCCGACCAUUCUGGCCGAUCUAGGUUGGACGGCGACCAAAGCACAGCUAUAUUCAGUCCCACCGUAUGUGGCUGCUUGUCUGGUGGCUAUCUUGAUCGCCUUCAUCAGCGACAAGACUCGCAGACGUGGAAUCUACCUGGCCUUGGCAACGUUCCCGCCCAUUGUUGGAUUUUCUAUCCUCAGAUGGAAUUCAAAUGCAUCAGUUCGGUAUAUGGCAGUGUAUUUCAUUACUACUGGUGCAUUCCCCGGGGGCCCUGGAUUUUUGUCUUGGGGCAUCAACAAUUCCGCCGGUCCGGCGGUCCGAGCAGUCGCGACAGCCUACAUUGUCUCAGUCGGCACACUAGGAGGUGUACUGGCGACAUGGACAUAUCUCGUCCGGGAUGCUCCUCGAUAUCCAAUCGGCCAUACCAUCAACCUCACGGCCCAAAUCAUUGUACUGUGCGUGGCCAGCUUUGGAAUUGCAUACAAUAUGCGUGAGAACAGGGUGCGGGAUCAGGGAAGACGGAACCAUCGUCUCGACGGGCUGAGGACGGAUGAGAAGAGGGAUCUAGGACACAAGCACCCUGACUUUAGGUAUAUUCCAUAG